GCCGAGAAGAUGCCCGAGGGGGCCGCGACCGAGGCUGUCAAGCAGGUGAUGUUCCCAGUGGACAAGCAAUUCAAGCCGCUCUUGCCGAGCGGUUGCGCCGAUCAGGGCAAGGAGCAGUUCGAGUCGGUCGCGACCAUGCCAGAGAAGGCAAAGAACUACUUCGACGCGUUCAAGCAGGCUUGCCUCGAGGACCUAGCAAACGAGCGCAUCUGCAUCGCGAAUGCCAUCGUUGCGCGGAAAAACAAGAAGCCCGAGUAUCAGAAGAUGUUCUUCGAGAUGCACAUCAAAAACAAGUUCCCGAGCUACACCAAGAUCAACGCCGAGUGCAACGAGAUGAAGGCCGAGAGGACGCGCAAACAUGAGUUCGAUAAGUCCGAG